AUGGGCUACGAAGACGACUCCAACGGCCAUGGCUAUGGCAAGUCUAUCGAGAAUGACAGUGAGAAGGUUUACGGCUCCCCGCCACCAUUCGAGGGCGCCAUGCUGGGGGAAAUGACCGAUGCGGAGCGAGACGUUUACGAUCACGGAAUAAAAAAGUUCAGUCGUCUGGGAUGGAAGCGCCUCACUGUGGUGCUCAUCGUCGAGGCUAUUGCCCUGGGUAGUCUCUCGAUCCCUUCCACCUUCGCCAAGCUGGGCAUGGUCGCAGGUGUGAUUUGUUGCGUAGGAGUCGGUCUGAUCGCCAUCUAUACAAGUUAUAUCGUUGGACAGGUCAAAUUACUCUUCCCAGAGGUUGCCAACUAUGCAGACGCCGGUCGCCUGAUGGGUGGCCGAUUUGGUGUCGCGUGGGGUCGAUUUGGCUACGAGCUCAUCAAUUUCAUGCUAGCCUUACAACUUAUCUUUCUUACGGGCUCCCACUGCUUGACCGGUACGAUCGCUUGGCAAAAUAUCACAAAAUCAACCAUCUGUUCGGUCAUCUUUGCCGUCGUGUCCGCCAUCAUUUUGCUUAUCUUAGCUAUUCCACCAAGCUUCACCGAAAUGGCUAUCCUUGGUUAUGUUGACUUCGCCUCCAUCAUCAUUGCUAUUGGAAUUACUAUCAUUGGUACCGGAAUCGACGCUACCAACGCACCGGGUGGAUUGGCCGCUGUGAACUGGUCUGCUUGGCCGCAAGAAGACCUUAAGUUUGCUGAGGCCUUUAUCGCUAUUUCAAAUAUUGUCUUUGCCUAUAGCUUUGCUAUGUGUCAGUUCUCCUUCAUGGAUGAGAUGCAUACCCCACGUGAUUUUAAGAAGUCUAUCUGGGCCCUCGGUAUUACUGAGAUCCUAGUGUAUACUUUAACUGGCGCCUUAGUCUAUGCUUUUGUUGGGCAGGAUGUUUCUUCCCCUGCCUUGACCUCUGCUGGAAAUAUGCUUGGGCGCAUCGCAUACGGAGUGGCCUUGCCUGUGAUUUUCAUCAGUGGAUCAAUCAAUACCGUGGUCUGUGGCCGACUGAUUCAUGGCCGAAUCUUUGCAAACUCCCCCAUUCGGUUCAUUAAUACCAAGAUGGGCUGGAUCACCUGGUUGGCCACCAUCACCGCUGCCACAGUCAUUGCUUUUAUCAUCGCCGAGGUCAUUCCAUUCUUCGAUGACCUGCUGUCGAUCUCAUCCGCACUGUUUAUCUCUGGCUUCACCUUCUACUUCCCUGCCUUGAUGUGGUUCUUGCUUAUUAAGAAGGGAAGCUGGAUGGACCGAGAAAACCUGUUGCUCGCCAUCGUCAAUGGUGGAAUCUUCCUUAUUGGUAUUCUGAUCUUGGGUGCUGGAACCUACUCAAGUAUCUACGAUAUUUUAAAAAACUACAAUGACGGCACCGUCCGGGGUGUCUUCACCUGUGGAUCUCCUUCCACAUAA